ACCCCCACUUCUUUGUCUACUCCUCCUCUACCUGCUCCUCCAGAAGUGACUAUUGGUACCUUCGAUUUUUCCCAGGGGUCCCCCCCCCCCGCAACACGGUCUGCUGAGAAACCUCCGCUGUUCCCCUCCUCUCUGCUCCCCCUGUCCCUGUCCCCUCUCCCCUCUCGCCACGGUCCUCGCCCUCCACCCCCCUAGCCCCCAUCCUAGGCAACAUGUCCAUCGCCCUGAAGCAGGUCUUCAACAAGGACAAGACCUUCCGCCCCAAGCGUAAGUUUGAGCCGGGGACGCAGCGUUUCGAGCUGCAUAAGAAGGCUCAGGCGUCACUGAGCUCCGGAGUUGACCUGAGGGCGGCGGUUGCUUUGCCCCACGGGGAGGAUCUGAACGACUGGGUGGCAGUACACGUGGUGGACUUCUUCAACCGAAUCAACCUCAUCUACGGGACGGUGUGUGAGUUCUGCACGGAGAAGAGUUGUCCGGUCAUGUCCGGGGGUCCUAGGUAUGAGUACCGAUGGCAGGACGAUCACAAGUAUAAGAAGCCAACAGCUCUACCGGCUCCCAAGUACAUGAAUCUACUGAUGGACUGGAUCGAGGUUCAGAUCAACAAUGAGGAUAUCUUCCCCACCAGUAUAGGUAUCCCGUUCCCCAAGAACUUCAUCCAGAUUUGUAAGAAGAUCAUCUGCCGUCUGUUCCGGGUGUUUGUCCACGUCUACAUCCACCAUUUUGACCGUAUGAUGCAGAUGGGAGCUGAGGCCCACGUUAACACCUGUUACAAGCACUUCUACUACUUCAGCACAGAACUCAACCUCAUAGACCGCAAGGAGCUGGAGCCACUGAAAGAGAUGACUUCUGGGAUGUGUCACUGAGGAGCAGAACCACUGGAGCAGCUGAGGGACUGUCGGGGACGUCCUGCUGGCAUGGCAGGAGGUUACCAUGGAGAUAUGGAGGGGUACACAGUUGACUCUGAAGCUUGAUGACAUCAUCAGUGUGAUUCAACUAGCUAGAUGUCAUCGCUGUCAUUCUGAUAGCAAGAGAAGAACCUGUUACCUGCAGAUAUACCCGGAUGAAUGGAUGGAUGGAUGAAUGGGAUGGAUGGAUGGACACUGUAGCAAAGACAUUCUACUAUUUCUACUGUAGUUUACUUUAAGGACUUCCCUCUGUAACACCACGUCGUUGAGGAGGACCUCCCUCUGCAACACCACGUCGUUGAGGAGGACCUCCCUCUGUAACACCACGUCGUUGAGGAGGACCUCCCUCUGUAACACCACGUCGUUGAGGAGGACCUCCCUCUGUAACACCACGUCGUUGAGGAGGACCUCCCUCUGUAACACCACGUCGUUGAGGAGGACCUCCCUCUGUAACACCACGUCGUUGAGGAGGACCUCCCUCUGUAACACCACGUCGUUGAGGAGGACCUCCCUCUGUAACACCACGUCAUUGAGGAGGACCUCCCUCUGUAACACCACAUCGUUGAGGAGGACCUCCUCUGUAACACCAGGACCUCCCUCUGUAACACCACGUCGUUGAGGAGGACCUCCCUCUGUAACACCACGUCGUUGAGGAGGACCUCCCUCUGUAACACCACGUCGUUGAGGAGGACCUCCCUCUGUAACACCACGUCGUUGAGGAGGACCUCCCUCUGUAACACCACGUCGUUGAGGAGGACCUCCCUCUGUAACACCACGUUGUUGAGGAGGACCUCCCUCUGUAACACCACAUUGUUGAGGAGGACCUCCUUCUGUAACACCACGUCAUUGAGGAGGACCUCCCUCUGUAACACCACAUCGUUGAGGAGGACCUCCUCUGUAACACCAGGACCUCCCUCUGUAACACCACGUCGUUGAGGAGGACCUCCCUCUGUAACACCACGUCGUUGAGGAGGACCUCCCUCUGUAACACCACGUUGUUGAGGAGGACCUCCCUCUGUAACACCACGUCGUUGAGGAGGACCUCCCUCUGUAACACCACGUCGUUGAGGAGGCCCUCCCUCUGUAACACCACGUCGUUGAGGAGGACCUCCCUCUGUAACACCACGUCGUUGAGGAGGACCUCCCUCUGUAACACCAGGACCUCCCUCUGUAACACCACAUCGUUGAGGAGGACCUCCCUCUGUAACACCACGUCGUUGAGGAGGACCUCCCUCCGUAACACCACGUCGUUGAGGAGGACCUCCCUCUGUAACACCACGUCGUUGAGGAGGACCUCCCUCUGUAACACCACGUCGUUGAGGAGGACCUCCCUCUGUAACACCACGUCGUUGAGGAGGACCUCCCUCUGUAACACCACGUCGUUGAGGAGGACCUCCCUCUGUAACACCACGUCGUUGAGGAGGCCCUCCCUCUGUAACACCACGUCGUUGAGGAGGACCUCCCUCUGUAACACCACGUCGUUGAGGAGGACCUCCCUCUGUAACACCAGGACCUCCCUCUGUAACACCACGUCGUUGAGGAGGACCUCCCUCUGUAACACCACGUCGUUGAGGAGGACCUCCCUCUGUAACACCACGUCGUUGAGGAGGACCUCCCUCUGUAACACCACGUCGUUGAGGAGGACCUCCCUCUGUAACACCACAUUGUUGAGGAGGACCUCCUUCUGUAACACCACGUCGUUGAGGAGGACCUCCCUCUGUAACACCACAUCGUUGAGGAGGACCUCCUCUGUAACACCACGUCAUUGAGGAGGAGAUGAUUUAACCUCUCUAGGGUAUGUGGGACGGUAGCGUCCCACCUCGUCAACAGCCAGUGAAACUGCAGGGCGCCAAAUUCAAAACAACAGAAAUCCUAUAAUUUAAAUUCCUCAAACAUACAAGUAUUUUACACCAUUUUAAAGAUACACUUGUUGUAAAUCCAGCCAAAGUGUCCGAUUUCAAAAAGGUUUUACGACGAAAGCACACCAAACGAUUAUGUUAGGUAUGAUUAUGUUAGGUAUGAGCCAAGUCACAGAAAAAGACAGCCAUUUUUCCAGCCAAAGAGAGCAGUAACAAAAAGCAGAAAUAGAGAUAAAAUUAAUCACUAACCUUUGAUAAUCUUCAUCAGAUGACACCCAUAGGACUUCAUGUUACACAAUACAUGUAUUUUUUAUUCGGUAAAGUUCAUAUUUAUAUCCAAAAAUCUGAGUUUAGGCAAGAUAAUAGGUAUGGUGCCGCUCACCUUCCUAGCCGCUUUUUGCUUUUUAAAUGCAUGUAGAUUUGUAGAAAAUUGUAUCACUUGGCAAAAAGCCUGAGAAAAUGCAGAGCGCCAAAUUAAAAUUAAUUACUAUGAAAAUUACUAUAAAAUCAAAAUUUCAUUAAAUCACGCAUGAAAGAUACCAAAUUAAAGCUACACUGGUUGUGAAUCCAGCCAACACAUCCGAAUUCAAAUAGGUUUUUCAGCGAAAGCAUACGAUGCUAUUAUCUGAGCAUAGCACCAUAGUAAACAAAAUAGAGAACUUUUCAACCCUGCAGACACAAAAUGCAGAAACAAAAAUAUAAUGCAUGCCUUACCUUUGACGAGCUUCUUCUGUUGGCACUCCAAUAUGUCCCAUAAACAUCACAAAUGGUCCUUUUGUUCGAUUAAUUCCGUCGAUAUAUAUCCAAAAUGUCCAUUUAUUUGGCGCGUUUGAUCCAGAAAAACACUGGUUCCAACUUGCUCAAACGUGACGACAAAAUAUCUCAAAGGUUACCUGUAAACUUUGCCAAAAAAUGUCAAACUACUUUUGUAAUACAACUUUAGGUAUUUUUUAACGUUAAUAAUCGAUAAAAUUGAAGACGGGAUGAUAUGUGUUCAAUACAGGAUUAAAACGAUAUGUAGCAUGCCUUCUGUUUGAUUGAAACGCAUGUCUAGGACACCUGGAGUGCCUCGACUUCAAGAUGGCCGUAUUUCUUCAUUACACAAAGGAAUAACCUCAACCUAUUUCUUAUGACUGUUGACAUCUAGUGGAAGCCGUAGGAACUGUAAGAAUUCGCUUAGAAAUCUGGUUUCCCAAUGAAAAAUCAUUGAAGAGACAGUGACCUCAAAAAAAAAAAAAAUCUGAAUGGUUUGUCCUCGGGGUUAAAUAAGCUAAAUAAGUUAUACUCAGACAUGAUUCAAACAGUUUUAGAAACUUCAGAGUGUUGUCCAUCCCAAUCUACUAAUAAUAUGCAUAUCCUAUCUCCUGGGGAUGAGUAGCUGGCAGUUGAAUUUGGGUAUGCUUUUCAUCCAAACGUGAAAAUGCUGCCCCCUACCCUAGAGAAGUUAACUAACAUUUACAUGAGUUGAUUGCGUAGUAGAGGUACAUCUAAAAUGGCACCCUGUUCCCUAUAUAGUGCACUACUUUAGACCAGAGCCCUAUGGCACCCUAUAUAGUGCACUACUUUAGACCAGAGCCCUAUUCCCUAUAAUAGAGCACUACCUUAGACCAGAGCCCUAUGGCACCCUAUUCCCUACUAGGACCACAUGACUGACUGCUGGUAGAAUCUACACACAGGUUUGACCUCCUUUCUCCACUAUGGGGCGCUCUACAGUAGGACUUAAGCUUUGUAGAAUGCUGCACAUGGUUAAUACACUAAUGAGGUUUUAAUACCCUGAUGAGGUUUUAAUACACUAAUGAGGUUUUAAUACCCUAAUGAGGUUUUAAUAUCCUGAUGAGGUUUUAAUACCCUGACAAUGUUUUAAUACCCUGGUGAGGUUUUAAUAUCCUGAUGAGGUUUUAAUACACUGAUGAGGUUUUAAUACUCUGACAAGGUUUUAAUAUCCUGAUGAGGUUUUAAUACUCUGAUGAGGUUUUAAUACACUAACGAGGUAAUGAUACACUGAUGAGGUUUUAAUACACUGAUGAGGUUUUAAUACCCUGAUGAGGUUUUGAUACACUGAUGAGGUUUUAAUACUCUGACAAGGUUUUAAUACACUGAUGAGGUUUUGAUACACUGAUGAGGUUUUAAUACCCUGAUGAGGUUUUAAUACCCUGAUGAGGUUUUAAUACCCUGAUGAGGUUUUAAUACCCUGAAGAGGUUUUAAUACCCUGAAGAGGUUUUAAUACCCUGAAGAGGUUUUAAUACCCUGAUGAGGUUUUAAUACCCUGAUGAGGUUUUAAUACCCUGAUGAGGUUUUAAUACCCUGAAGAGGUUUUAAUACACUGAUGAGGUUUUAAUACACUAAUGAGGUUUUAAUACUCUGAUGAGGUUUUGAUACUCUGAGGUUUUAAUACCCUGAUGAGGUUUUAAUACACUGAUGAGGUUUUAAUACCCUGAUGAGGUUUUGAUACACUAAUGAGGUUUUAAUACCCUGAUGAGGUUUUAAUACCCUGAUGAGGUUUUAAUACCCUGAUGAGGUUUUAAUACCCUGACAAUGCUUUAAUACACUGAUGAGGUUUUAAUACCCUGAUGAGGUUUUAAUACCCUGACAAUGCUUUAAUACACUGAUGAGGUUUUAAUACCCUGACAAUGUUUUAAUACUCUGAUGAGGUUUUAAUACCCUGACAAGGUUUUAAUACACUGAUGAGGUUUUAAUACCCUGAUGAGGUUUUGAUACACUGAUGAGGUUUUAAUACCCUGAUGAGGUUUUAAUACCCUGAUGAGGUUUUAAUAGACUGACAAUGUUUUUAUACACUGAUGACGUAAUGAUACACUGAUGAGGUAUUUGAUGUGGACGGAUACAGACGUUUACCCGGUGUUGGUUACAGUUUGUCUAUAUAGUCUCCAACGAUAACAUGGUUUUUGUUGUUUAAUUAUGUCUUGUCUCGGAAACCUGCUUUUCCUGGUAGUUUUCCAAUGAACAGUUGAAAAUCAUCACAAGACGUUAUGUUUUCAUGUUUGUAAUCGUGAUCUUUGGCGUGGAGACGGCCAAAUCAGUCAGUUGAUUUCGUUCAUUUUUGUCUGUGUUUUGUGUCAUCGUGUGUUUGACUGGUAACCGUCAUGAUUUAGCUACCGUUCAUGUGGUUGAAUCUGUGAUCGCCUAGUUCACAGUUUAUAACAAUUACAUUUAUUUGUUGAAUCACGUCGAGUUAAUUUGAUGUUUCACCUGUCUACAUUUUUAUGAUUCAAAAGCAUAUGGACAGCGGUGUUCCUUCCAUAUUUUGUUGUUGACAAAUUUAAAUACUGUGACUUGACUUCAGGUACCCAGAAUGAUCAAUAACAGCAGUACAAAUGGAAUAACCAACUGUAGCGUUGGUAGUUUUCACAGGUCCUUUCAAGUGCUGUUACCAUUGGCUUACUCUUCAAAUAAGAUGUACAUCAAUCAUGAUCAGGUUUUUUCAAUCACUUCACCGUGAGGACUUCUUUCUAUUUAAAUCUGCACCUGUAGUGCUGACACCUUUGUCCUGGGGAAUAUGGUAGUCCUGUGUGAGACUUUAACAACACUGGCAUCCAGUCUGUCAAUACAAUCCUCACAGUCUGUAGUCUAACGUGUAAUAGUCCCAGCCUCGGUCUUUACACAGUAACUGAAUGUUUAUUCUGUUUUACUAGAAAACACUGACACCAUAUUUACUGUUUUUAAUGCUGUUUGACUGUUCAUGAUUCCAUGUCAACAUUACUACGACCACAAGCAAUAAAGUGUGUUUUGAUUCGUU